GCAAAAAUUCGUCGGUUUUUCGAUUUUCCCCCCAAAUCCGGCGAGCAAAAAUAAAAACCAACGUCAUACCCAGUCUCCUCACCUCAAGACCGGCUUGUGCUGAAUUUUGGGGAGAUUUGGGGCACAUUUUUUCCGGCCAAGUCACCGGCGGCGAGUUUUUCGACGAGCUUCCGCUGAAGCUCCGACGACCCUCCCCGGUCUGUUUUCCAACCGUUUUAACCUUCCUCGCCCGCACCUCACUUCCUCCUUUGUCUUACUUGUGUCUCCAGGUUGGUUUUUCGACUUUACCUUAUUAAUUUUUGGAGAAUCGGAUUAGGUAGCGAAGUGAGGUGAAUUUUUGUGCUUUGCAUGAUUGAACCUAGAUUUAGGGCAAGAACUUAGGUGAAUUAGGUCGUUUGAAUGGUGGAAUGAUUUUUGCAUGAGCUUUAUUGAUCCUUGGUGGGCGUUGUUGAUCCGAAUUACUUUGAUUUUUAGAAUUUGCCCACCAAGUGUUAUGUUAUGAAUGCAAGUGGAGUUUGUGAUUAUUUUUUGGAUGGUGGCCACCGUGGUUUGGGUUGUGGUUCAAUUUUUUGUGUGUGAUUGAACCGUGAACUACCACAACCAUGCCACGGUGAGCUUGAGCUUAAAUGUUUUAUCCAUGGUGGAGCGAUAAGUGUGGGGGGAAUUUCUUUUCUUCCCAAUGAGCAUUAUUUGACAAAUGUUUUCACGUAUGGUGUAUGUUUGUCCGUUUGUGCAGGAUGGUGAACGUGCAGCACGACUACAUCAGAUAGCUGGUGAACCACCCGGAUUUUGGCCACAAGUUCGCCUACCAAAAUGGCAGUCCCAUUGGGCCUCACUGGCGGCUGGACCUGGACAUGUUCAGCUUGUUCAGGUGCCGAGCCGCGAUGACCGAGGUGCUCUCUCACCCCCGAUGGCGCCAGAUCUUGACGAUGGUCGAGGAGAUUUACUACGAGCUGUGUGUGGAGUUCUACUCCACAUUCUCCCACAUUGUCCCGGCCAGCAAGAAGAUCCGCCCACGGGUGGAGUUUAUGCUGGGAGGUCAGCCUCGGAUGCUAUCCUAUGAUGAUUUCGCCCAGGCUAUGGGGCUCGACCCCACGCACAUGACGAUGACGGAGCGGCAGUACUCCGUCGACUUUGACUAUCAAAUAGUUUUUCAUGCCCUCUCUCACUCCGAGCACAAGUCUGACGAGUUCACCGGUAGCCGCACCAAUGCGGUGAAGCUGAAGAACGAGUUGAGGAUCCUCCACACCCUGCUCACCCACUCCGUCGUCCCCAGCAGCCAGUCUGGUCAUCUGAUGACGAACAGAGGACUCGUGGCCCUCUACUCCAUGAGGAGCCCUACUGAGCCGAUCCACAUGGGAUCCCUGAUAGCCACUUCUUUCGCCUGAUGUCAGGGGCGGAACAGAGUGGACACGAUGCAUAUGGGGGGUUUCAUCACGAGGAUAGCCCGACACUUCCAGGUGAACCUAGUUGGAUGAACCAGCUACGGGAGGAUGACUCCCUUCCUAGUGGAAAAGCUCUAUAACCAGAAGCUGGUGCUCCAGGGAGAGCGAGGAGUGGAGUACUUGGAGGGACUCCGACCUUCAGGGGUCAUUCGAGCAGCUGUCCACCCGGAUCCAGUAGAGCCCGACCCUGAGGUCCCACCACCAGCUGAGCAGCCACCUGCAUGUGCACCCGGCUGCCGGUGGCAUCCAGCGCUCUAGCGCCUCGCACAACCACCACCACCAGCAGCUGGCGAUCCCCUCGUAGAGAGGGUGCAUCACCUCGAGACAAACUUCGUGGGAUUCUCUUCCCGAAUCGAGCGGCAGUCCGAUCUCCUCGAGCGCAUGGCUCGCCACAAGGGCAUCCUCUCCGACGAUGACGAGGGUCCUUCCACCCGAGAGAGGUAGCCGACAAGUGAGACAUGUGGCAGAGCCGAAUUACUUUCAGCCCACUUCUCCACUUGUAACCCUGAACUUGUUAUUGUUCUUUUUCUUUAUUUAGUGUGUUUCUGCCUAUAAACUACUACUACUACUAUGUGUUGUGUUAUGUAAUAACCUUGCCUCGAGCGAGUCGUAUUGUGUUUGUGUGUGUGUUUUUUGUUUCCCCUUGAAGCUCAAAUUUCCUACCCCGGAUUCGAAACCAACUUUCACUCACCAAACCCAAGUGGUAACAUCACUCUACCCCUUUUCUUGCGCCAUUGAGGGCAAUGCUGAAGUUAAGUGUGUGUGUGGGGGGGGGGGGGGUAGUUUACUAUUAUGCUUAUGUGUGUGUGAUGAUGCUUGGAGCCUAGAUAUGCCCAAAUUUUAAAAAUUUGAGGGCUGCAAGCAAUGUUUGCGUGAUCAAAGUGGCCGGUGUGUGGGAAAUUCUAGUGUUUAUUGCCAUUGAUCUUGAAUUGUUGCAUGUGAUCGCGUACAUUCUAUGAUGAUGACUGAGAAGUUCAUUAGGAUAGUGCAAAAGUUAAGUUCUCAUGAGUCAUAAAUGAAUGGAUGUCUUAACGCGAUUACUUGUUGACUACAAUUGCCAUGCAUCGUGUUUGUGAAUUGGAAUAGAUGGUUGGGUGACUAUGUAGCCUUGUGAGCUUUGAGCCGAUCGUUUUCUUCUUGUGUGCUUAGAUCCCUCUUACCAUGGUGUGUAACAUUACAGUUGUCACUAGUAAGUAUGAUGGAGGCAUAGGAUUAGUCCACGCCCAAAUGUUGAUUGUCCCGAAAUGUGUCAUCCCUUAGUCAACCUCUUUGAGCCUUGUGACUUUGGGGGCCGUUCUCAAUUUUGUGAGCUUAAUGGUGUUAAUAGAGCGACCCCCACCAAUCCUUUCUUUGUGUCUAAACAUGAGUCGUCCUUGUUUCCUGGAGCUCUCAUUUUUGAGUUCCAUCGAGGUUUCACAUAGGAGGAUUGUGUGCGGUUCUAGCUAGGAAUGAAAAAUGAAAUGUAGUGUUGGAGUGAGUUCUUCAAAUAGAGAGCAUUGGCCGUUAAAUUUAUAGGUGGCAAGUGUUUUUACUCUCUAGUACCCCCUCAAAAAGAAAAGAAAAAGAAAAGAAAGAAAGAAAAGAAAAGAGAAAUGAAAAAGAGGUAAUAAAACGGGGUAAAUAAA